AUGUUCGGUUCAGGGUUCGACCAAAUGGCUGAACCGAACCAUAGGUUCAGUUCAGCGUUCAGAAAAUUUGCUCCAAGAACCGGACCGAACCAGACUUUGGCAGCACUAUGUAUACCUACACCACCAACUGCCGCUUUUGGCCAAACAGAUAUAGUGCGAAAACUAUUUAAGCGACCUAACGACGAGCUGGAUCUUGACUAUAAUAAAGCUUUGAUGGAAACCUAUGGUAAAGAUCAGAAGCUGAGACAUCUGAGAGAGGUUGCCUUCCAGCGGUUCGUGGUAACAAUCCAAGCACAUAAAAUUAAAUCCCACAUUGGCCAUCUGCCUCUCGGGAAGUAUGGAUAUGUGCCAAUAAAUGCUAGCCAAAAGGCAUCACGUCCCCAAGUCCACAAUGGUGACUCUGGAUCCACUUCCAAUACCAGCCAUGUCUCAAUCUCCUUCGACAAUGAUGUCCAAUUUUCUCAAUUGCAGGAGUCGAAUGCUGGCGGAAGUGGGAGAAAUGGAAUGCUAUCAUCUGGAGGGGGAGCAACACUGCAAUCAGCUAUCUCUUGA